GAAGACAACUGAGCAGUCCAGGCGAGGUCCGGAUCGUCAACAAGAACAGCAUCUUGAUCUCAUUUAAAUUUCAUUAGGCAAUACUGAGAGCCAUUUCAAGUGUGUGUGUGUGUGUGUGUGUGUGUGUGUGUGUGUUGGGAAAAAAACAACAAAAGACUUUUCUAAAUAAGCUCUGCUACUUCCCUAUAAAUUCUCCACUUAUUUGUUUUAUUCAAAUUCCAUGCCACUGGAGCAGCUCCGAGUUACACUCCGCUGAAGCUUUUGGAUUUUCUCUAGUACUGAUUGCCAGAUAUGGGUUAAAACGAAUGAAAGAAAAGCUCUUUGUUUUCUUUUUUUGUUUGCAUGGAUCUCAUGUUUCCUCUACAUUUGGUGACAAACACGGUGCAUGUCGACCUCAUUGUUGGACGGGAGGAUAUACUGUACAUGGAUAUAUAUAUACAGUACAUAUAAAGGGAAAUGAAUAAUGAGGAGAAGGAUCUGCGAUGCUGACAGGGUGAAGAAAAGGGGGAGGUGGGAACGGUGGAGGCGGAGGGAAAAGAGCCACGACUUGCCUCUAAUGCUGACGAAAGCGGCUUAGCCCUCCCAGUUACCAUAGAGACCGUCAUGAGCAGCUGCCAGAGAAAGAGAGAGCGAGAGAAAAGAACACCAACAGGCGAAAGCAGGAGGCAGAACCACACAGAGAAAGAGAGAGAGCGAUAGAGAGAGAGAGAGAGAGAGAGAGUCGAAGUGACAGAGUAAAGGACAAUAAAAGGAGUUAGAGAGAAUAGUGAAACAGCCGUAAUGGAAAUACCGAUCACUUGCAGUGAACUGCCUCCGUGUGACCCCCAGCCAUCCGGAAAGAUCAACAAAGCUGCCUUCAAACUGUUCGGCAAGCGCAGGUCCGGCAGCGGUAUGCCGAGCAUCUUCUCCAUCAGGAACAAAGGGGAUGCAACUGACAAGGAGCUCGUUAGAAGCAAAACCCACGACGGUUUAACGACGACUGAUGAGCUGUCCGAGUUGGAGGGCCACGGGAAAGAAGAGUCAGCCAGCAGUGACCGUCUGAACAGUGCCGCCGCUGCUCCUGUGUGUACUGCCAUCACCAAGUCUUUCAGCUUCUUCUCCUUGCUGCGGCGCAAUAGCUCUCGUAUUAGUGACAGGGCAGCUACGCUGGGGCAAAGAGGACGUGGGCUGAAGGGGUUGUUCAACAGCAUACGCUGGCGCCGUAAACCUCCAUCGCGUGACGAUUCGAUCGAAAUCCAGGACAUCGUCAAAGAAACGAAAGGAGUCGAUCUGAUCUUGUCCUGCAGUUCCAAAAAUGUGGACGUAGAAAGCAUGACACUUAUGCUGGAGCCCCCGAUACAAAUAUUACAAGACAAUGCUGUGACCUGGAAGAAACCCGCUUUGCAGGACAGUAAUGAGGAACGUGCGAAGAGCUCAUCUGCUCCAGUGCAACCGGUUGCUGAGAAGUCUCCAGCUCCGUCUCUGCUCACUGUUCAAACACAGGAACCUGUCAGAGACAAACAUGGCAGCCCGGCCCGUCUUGCUUCCGUGACACCUCCACAGGAUCACAGCUUGGCUGACCCCCCUUCUGAAGAUCGCCUGAGCUCCAUGUUCACGGACGUCACUUCGCUCAAGAGCUUCGAUUCAUUAACCGGUUGCGGAGACAUCAUCGCAGAACCAGAAGAGGACUCCGGGAACGGAGGCAGCGUCACCAGCAGUGGAACGGGAAGCAGCAACGGGGGGCUCCAAGUAAGCGCUGAGAGAUGUUCUCCGGCCAAACCUCCACUUCCUUCACAAGUGACUGGUCUAAUAGCAUUGUCCGCUUACACGCCAUCGCGUCAUCGAGUCUGUCCACCGACUAAAACUCCGCAAGGCAGCGGGAUAGUGGCCUACAUGGGUGGCGGAGAGGAAAUGGCCAGUCCGGAAGGUGUAAAUGAUGCGGAUAUGCAAGGACUUUGGCACAUGCUCCCUCAGAAAGGGGAGGAUUCCCCAGAUCUACCUCACCUCUCAACUCGGCAGGAUAAACGACCUCCUCAGGUAAAAAGUCUGGGGCUUAGUAAGAUUCCUGUGAGUGGAAGCAGCAGAGUAGGCAAACAACAACAGCAGCAGCUGACUCGCCCUUCUCCUCCACCCAUUGAUAAAGAUCUCCAGGACGUCCCACCCAGUGACGAAGGCUACUGGGACUCUCCGACACCCGGACCAGAAGAUGAGGACAGUGUCUUCCUGCAGCGUGAAGGCCUACCGAGGGAUAGCUGCUCAGGAGAUGCACUCUAUGACCUCUACGACCUCGACAGUCCUGGCACUGUCGGCUCAGAUGACGAUGACACAAUUUCACCUACACCUUCGACGGGCGACCUAAACAUGACUCCGCCUUCUCAGAAACCGUUGUGUUCUUCCUUCCGUUCCAUAAAGGGCAGCACAAGUCUUCCACGAGAGUCCAAGAUUCCCAUCAGCGUCAGGCAAAAGCCGCCUUCUCACUCUUCCAGCCAAGGGGCGUUGUCCUCUCCGGUCAGCCCGACCUCGAACAACCCUUCCGACCCUUCCUCGAAGACUAACACGCCAGCUCGCACUCGUAUUCCCGUCUCCAAAGUCCCGGUCCGAUCCUCAGGCAACAAAAACGCGAAGGUAGCACAAAACAGGAAGUAGAACUAAUCAUAAUGGAAACCGCUGAAGAAGCGUAAACUCCUCUGUCCUGAAGACGUCGGAAUCAGAAUCCAGAACUGAAAUGUGA